AUGAAGACGAUUUUGACCUAUUUUUACCUCCGCCAAUUUGACAUUCCUGCGUAUGAUGCGUUCGCUCGUGUGGGAAGAACACUUUGUUGGCUCUUCCCACAAGAAAUAAUUUCAAGCUUCUUCGAAUACUGGGAAGUUGCCAUUGUUCGUGAUCUCCUUAAGACCGAUAAGCGCAACACUUAUGCAACACUUCAUACGUGUGCACAACACCUCAUAUCAAUCUUCUCAGCUCCGUAUGGUGCAAUGCCUGUAGCGAAAAGAACUGCUGUCGCCGUAAUGGCCGAUACCUGGCAAAUGGCUGAGGCACUAGGCAUGAAUGUAGAGGAAGAAAUCAAAAAAAUGACUGACCUUCCCAUGGGACUUAUGGAAAAGAUUUUGUAUAGCGUUGAAAAGUUCCGUACUGUCGUCAGUGGAGUUCGCAAAACCAGCAUUUAA